GAGCUGACCCUCCAGCGGCUAGACGAGCUGAAUGCAGACAGCCUCAUAACCGUCAUGUUUGCCUUCACCCAGUCCCACUAUUCUCCCCACCCCCGAAUACAGCACCGCAUGGCGGCUGCCACGAAGGCGGACAUGGCGUCCUUCACCCCCCGCCAACUAGAGCAUGUGGCCUGCUCCCUGGCGGCUCUCAGUUACAGGCCCUCGGAGGGCUGGCUGGACAAUUUUGCACAUGCAUUGCAGGUCAACUGGAAUGCCUUCCUGCCCUCCCAGCUGGCUGUCACGCUGGUCCAAGCCGCUGCAUGUGGCCUGACCCACCUCCCAGCUGCUACACUCCAGGACCAACUGCCAGCCCUGCUGAGGCAGGGAGUUGGGCCCUCCUCCACCAUGGAUCCAGCUACGCUUGCCAAGCUGGUCUGGAUACUGAAGCUAGCACCAUUAGGGCCAGAGGGAAAGCAGGCCGCGGUGGAGGGGAAGUGGCUGGACAGCUUGGUGGCUGCCCUGCAACAGCACCUCAACCCCACCAACAUAACUGUCCCCACUGCCAGCAGACAGGAAGAGGGGGAGCCGCAGGAGGGGCUACAGGAACAUCAGAAGCAGGGGGCGUGGGAGGGAAACAGAAUAGCAAAAGGGGUGUGGGAGGCUGAUGUGGCUGGCUGCAGCAGGGCAGGGUAUGGAGAGGUGCAGGAAGGGGCAGGGGCUGGUGGUGGCGGUGGUGGGGGUUCCAUGCUGGUUGGCCAUCCCUCUUCACGUCAGCUACAUCCCGCGGACGUGGCACUGGUGCUGAGCAGCUUGGCAGGCCUGGGGCGGCAGCUGCUGCCAGAGGCGGCUCGUGGGGAGUUUCAGAGGUACUGGCUGAGUGGCAGUGGGGCCCGCUGGGCAGCAUUGGCCAGGGAGGAGCGCCUGGUCAUGUCACUGCUGGGUUACGGACCUACAGACUGA